CUCAGUGUCUCCCGCUGCUGGUGGCCUGCAGGACUGCUUUGUUUCUUGGCCAUGGAAAUGCCACGGUGGCCUUCAGCUGGCAGUGUUAAAGGUGGAUAAACUCACCGGUCCAGGUGGAUGUUUCACAGCAGCCGGGAGUCGCAGGAACCGCCAGCUGUUCUGAGGACUGAAGCUCGUCGUCGUUUUUUGUAGCGAUACAUUUUCACUGUUAUAGGUCACUUUAUGAAACCUGCAAUCUGGAUCGCGGCGGCAGAAACAGAAAGAAGAUAGAGGAUUUCUCUAGGUCUUCUCGCGAAAAACUCCUCCAGUCCAAGAACAAGAUGUUCUCAAAAUUCACCUCCAUCCUCCAACAUGCGGUCGAGGCGCUUGCACCAUCACUGCCCUUGCAAGAAGACUUUGUGUACCACUGGAAGGCUAUCACGCAUUACUACAUAGAAACAUCAGAUGAUAAAGCCCCAGUGACCGACACCAACAUCCCUUCUCACCUGGAGCAGAUGCUGGACAUCCUGAUCCAGGAGGAGGGUGAGAGAGAGUCGGGUGAGACGGGGCCUUGCAUGGAAUAUCUGCUGCAUCACAAGAUUCUGGAGACCCUCUACACUCUGGGCAAGGCUGAUUGUCCUCCAGGUAUGAAGCAACAGGUUCUGAGCUUCUACACCAAACUGCUGGGUCGUAUUCGUCAGCCUCUUUUACCUCACAUCAACGUGCACAGACCUGUACAGAAACUGAUCCGUCUGUGUGGGGAGGUGCUGGCUGCUCCUACAGAGAAUGAAGAGAUUCAGUUUCUGUGCAUAGUCUGUGCCAAACUCAAACAGGACCCUUACCUGGUUAACUUCUUUCUGGAGAAUAAGGGAAAACGGGGGGACGGUAAAGACCCAGGAGCUGACGGGUUAAAAGAGGACCUGUCCUCUCCAGAUACAGGACAACAGCAGAGUCUAAACAUAGGCCUGGAUGGUCCAGCGUGUGCUGCACGCAGUCCUGCAGAGGGAGCCAGUUGUCCUUCCAAUAACAGCAGCAAUUACAAUCUGGUCAGCUCCCUGCUCAACCUCACCAAAAGCCCAGAUGGCCGCAUUGUGGUGAAAGCGUGUGAGGGGCUGAUGCUACUGGUCAGUUUGCCUGAGGCUGCAGCGGCUAAGAGUCUAACAGAGAGCACAGAUCUGUGUCAGCUGCUGACAGACCGCCUCGCUUCCUUCUACCAGGCUCUGCCACAGUCUAUGGAUCCUCUGGACAUCGAGACUGUGGAGUCUGUCAACUGGGGGCUGGACGUUUAUAACCUGAAGGAAGACGCUGCAGCUUUUGCUGGGAAGCGAGCACUCAUUUCCUUCCUGUCUUGGCUGGACUAUUGUGAUCAGCUGAUCAAGGAGGCCCAGAAGACGGCGGCUGCAGCUUUAGCUCGAGCGGUGAGAGAGCGCUUCUUCAUGACUGUGAUGGAGCCACAGCUAAUGCAAACGUCAGAGGUGGGUAUCUUGACAUCCACAGCGCUAUUGAAUAGGAUCAUCAGGCAGGUGACGUCUGAGGCCUUACUGCAAGAGACGGUCUACUUCCUGUUGGGAGAAGAAGUGGGUCCUGAGACAGCUGCCAGCAUUACCCAGAUCCCCCUGAGACACAGGCUAAUAGAGCACUGCGACCACCUCUCAGAUGAGAUCAGCAUCAUGACCCUGCGGCUGUUCGAGCAGCUGCUGCAGAAGCCAUGCCAGCACGUCUUGCAGAACCUGGUGCUGCGCAGCCUGGACGAGCGCAACUACAUCGAGAACAAAGCGCAGGAGGAGCGCGAGGAACGCGAGCACAUGGAGAACGGCCAGCCACACGAUGCCGUUGAUUUAGAAGAGGACCCACUGUUCUCAGACCUGUCUCCAGACACCAGGCUCUCAAGCCCUGAUUGGCUCAGCUGCUCUCCCCCACAGAGUACAGAACACACAAAGCCUGAUGGGAAAACGGAGGUUCACAAAAUUGUAAACAGUUUCUUGUGCUUGGUUCCGGAUGAGGCUAAAUCGUCCUACCAGGUUGAAGGCACUGGCUAUGACACUUACCUGAGAGAUGCGCACAGACAGUUUCGGGACUACUGUGGCAUCUGCCAGAGGUGGGACUGGCGAAGCAGCCCUAAGCCCAUUGAGAAGUGUAACCUGGACAGGCCUUUCUUCGAGGGACAUUUUCUCAAAGUACUGUUCGACAGAAUGGGUCGCAUCCUAGACCAACCAUAUGAUGUGAACCUGCAAGUGACAUCAGUGCUGUCGAAACUGUCGCUGCUACCGCACCCUCACUUGCACGAGUACCUGCUGGAUCCCUACAUCAACCUGGCACCUGGCUGCAGAUCCCUGUUUGCUGUCAUAGUCAGGGUGGUGGGAGACUUGAUGUUGAGGAUUCACCGUAUUCCUGAUUUCACCCCUAAACUGCUGCUGGUGAGGAAGAGGCUGCUCGGGCUGGAGCCAGAGGGCUUGAGUAUUGAUCACGUUACGUUGCUGGAGGGAGUGAUCGUUCUGGAGGAGUUCUGCAAGGAGCUUGCGGCCAUCGCCUUCGUCAAGUUCCACGCCUCCACCUCCACCUCCCCCUGAGCCUCUCCCUGCUGCAACCCGGGACACGAGCAUCGCUGGUGCGCCCGAACCGGCGCCCAGAGGUGGGCGGCUGACACAGGAACCACAAACUGAACACCAUUCAUCCCUCAGACUGCUGCCCACAGCAGGACACGCUCAUAACGGGAUUUGAUCCAGGGGAUACGUCCAUGUCUAUGGCCACCCACGCUAAUCUGAUGGACAGACCGGCAGAGGAGAUCAGGACGAAGAAGCCCAGAGGUCAAUCUCUCAAAGCUUUGACGCUGGGACAAGGAUGUAGUAGCAUUCACACGCCCCCGUCGUCUCUCGUUCUGUGUCUGUCUUUCGUCUGUUUUUUGAUGGAGUCAUACAGUUAGCCCCCACCACACCUUCUUUGUAAGACUUCUCUUUCAUUUUUAAUUUUUGUGUUCAUCUUUUAAGCCAUCUGUUGUUGCGUUCCUGUGGCUUUGCACCUGCUGACUUGAGGAAAUCGUCUAUUAUUUAUUCUCUUCCCGAGAUAAUAGUUCUGUAGUAGCUUGAAAAUAUAUAUGUAAUGCCAAAAAUUAAGUUCAAAAGCAGUUGCUGAUUUAAAAGCUCUAAUUAAGAGAACUUAAUGUACAUGGAAAUUGACACGUUUGUGUGUGAAAUUGAAAUUUGAAAAGCUACUGUAGUUACAGUAACAAAUACUAUGCUUACAUUCUGCUUUUUUCUUAUGUUUUUUCCUUGAAGGAAAUUGUUAGAUAGGCUGAACAAGAAUGCCAAACGGUGGAUCAGACAUUACAAACACAGCCUAAAACUUAAGCUGCGAUGUUGACAUUUAGCAGCUCAGAAUUUGAGCUGUUUUUAAACAUAAAGAUCAGCAAACAGACACGCUUUAGGGCUGAGAUGAUCAACUCGCUAAACAGAACGUAGGCUCUGAACGGAGAGAUCGAUUCGAAUCGGACCGCGCGCAUUUGCACGUCGCAAAAACCGGAUCCCACUGGAACAUCCCUAGAGAACUGUGCAUCCUGUACAUGUCCAUAACAGUGUUUAUAGACAGUCCUAUUUUCAUGGUUUAACUUUUACUCCACUGCAUUAAUAUUGUGUGAAUGUGUGUGCCUUGUACUUCUCUAGCUCUACUCAUCGCUCUGUUUUUGCUUUUUAAGUUAUUUAUUGAGGAUAAGCUGCAAGCAUAGUUCAAAAAUAUUGCUCUGCUUAGGAGUGAAAUGUUGUUAUUAUAGGGGAUCUACUUUUUUUUAAGCAGUCAUUAUGAAACGUACACCAGCAAUAGUGUUAUCCAACAGGCUCUCUCUCUUCUCUUCCUGUAAUUUAGGCUUAAGAGUGAAAGUGCAUUUACGAGGUCAGCAAAUGCCAAGCGGUCUGUCUGAAUCAAGCCGAAAUGGACAGCUGGCGUUGGAAACCCCCUUAAGGCUUGUUAUUAAGCGGAUUGCGGAGGGUUUUGGGAAAUCUACCAGUACAAUUUUUUUGUAGAAAUUCUUUGUAAAACCUUGUAACUUUGAGAAGUUGUGAUGGAUUAUGUAUAGUCGUAUGCAAAAGUUUGGGCGCACCUCUUCAAGUGAUAUUUUGUUGAUGGCGUAAAAAUAAGUACACAUCCUGACUAUUUGCUGACUUUAGCAUAUAAAGGGGGGAAAAAGCACAAAAUAUGGCCUGUUCAGAAAUUAUGGCCCAUUUUAUGUUUUAUUUUUUUCAGUAUGCUAAACUCAGCAUAUUAUGAAAGCCUCUUUCUGCCACUAAAAAAAAUAUAUAGCUGUUUAUUAAGUCAUAAUGAAAGUUUCCCAUAAUUAUCACUUAGUAUCUCAUAAUUAUGACAUAGCAUCUCAUAAUUGACUUGCUAUGUCAUAAUAAUGAGAUCAUACCUAUGACUUAGCAUCUCCUUACGAAUUACUAUUUCAAAAUAAUGAGAAUCUGUGCCUUAGUAUUACACAGGUUUGACUUACUAUCUCAUAAUAAUGAGGCCCUGUCUCAUAAGUAUGACUUAGUAUCUUAAUAUUGUGACUUGCUAUCUUCUAAUAAUGAGAUCUCAUAAUAUUGAUAGAGUUAGUAUGUCAUAAUUAUGAGGAAAGUCAGUAUUAUGAGAUCUUGUAUCGGAAACUUUACCUUUUUCCCCCCAGGAGCAAAAACAGGCUUCCAUAGCAAAUAAAUAAAAAUUGUGCAUAAUAAAUUUGCAGCAGUGCCCUUUGACUUAGAAAAUCAACUAAACAUGUCAUUUGACAGGGGGUGUUCAAACUUUUGCAUGCGACUAUAUCUAUCACUCUGAGCCACGCUCAUCAGUGCCCCCUACCUUGCGCAAUACUUGAUCCAGGAGUAGAAAGUUGAAUGAUUUGCACAUUCACAGUAGACGACGUUGUCCUUUAUAUGUGUUAAGUGUACACGUACAUUUAAAUGUUUUUAUUUUCAUUUUAUUUCCUUUACAAACCAAAGGGUGCAUCACGUCAGCGUGACUUGUCUGUUGUAGAGAUCUUUUUAUUCUCAAUCAUGCACAUAUGUUGUUUUAAUCCAACUAAAGCUCCGAAGCUUUCUCUAUUUAUGUAUAUACGUGUACAGCGAUAGCCGUAGUGCUGUCUGGGUGUAAAAUGCAUGCAAGCUCAUUCAUUGCAUUUUGGUGUGGUAAGUAGUAAAUGUCCCCUUAACUUUUCCAUCCGAAGUCCUUCCUUCUCUCAGUCCCACACCUUUUCUUUUUCUUUUCCUCAAUUGCCAAUUAAUGGGGACGUGACAAUGUGACAAAUGCCUUACUUUAUAUGCAGUGGACAUCUGCGGCCUGUAUUUACACAUUCUUGGUUUUAAGUCUUACACUUGCGCCCUUAUUUCAGUGUCUGUUUUUUAAAGAGUACAAAAGAUGUGUUUCAUGGAUAGUGUAAAAGAAAAAAAACAGCUGCAGAACUGUCAUUUUAAUUAAUAUCAGAAAAUAUAUAUAUAUAUAUGUUCUUUCACUGGUUUUCAUUCACUUAGACCAGCCACUGUUCUGCUUGACCGAUGUGUACAAAUGUAGCUUGCCACAGCAUAUUGCCUCAGAUUAGUGAAGUAAAAGAACAGUUUUUGACUUGUGGUGUGACUGUCACUGCCAUGAUGCAACAGUGAUUGUUUAGAUGAGCAAGACUGUGUUGCAUGCUCACAUUUUCUGUCCAUUGAAUUCGAGUCGGGGCUGGUGAUGCCAUUUAAGCGUCUUAAAGGGAAUUGCCCACUGCACUAUUAUUACAGGUCCCAUAGACACUGUACAGUGUACAUUGCAUUGACACCUUAUAUUCUGCAUUGAAUGUGUCUGUUGCACCUUUCAUCUAUUUUGUAUCUUUAAAAUGGCUUUCUUAUACUCUUCCCAAUUAAAAUAUUCGCUUUCUUCAAGUA